AUGGCAUGCUUUUUUGGAGAAGCAAUUCCAGCAGUUUUAAUACUUCCAGCUUUAAUUUAUGGAAAGUCUGACAUUCAUGCCUCUCUGGAUCAUUUAAGUAGGCAGCAUCUUUGUGCAAUUUCCUGGACCUGUGGGGCUGCGCUGGCCGGAGGUACCACCAUGAUCAUUGACUUUGCCAUUCCUCAGAAAGGGAACUCCCUCAUCGAGGCCUUCCAGACCUGGCGAGACUGGGCCGAUCCCAAAGUCUGCUGUGACUACAGCCUUCACGUGGCAGUGACGUGGUGGAGUGACCAGGUUAAGGAAGAAAUGAAAAUCCUUGCCCAAGACAAAGGUGUGAACUCUUUCAAGAUGUUCAUGGCCUAUAAAGAUGUGUACAUGGUGAGAGACCCAGAGCUGUACGCCGCCUUCUCUCAGUGCAAGGAAAUUGGAGCAAUUGCGCAAGUCCACGCAGAAAAUGGAGACUUAAUCGCAGAGGGAGCAAAGAAGAUGUUGGCUCUGGGGAUAACAGGCCCUGAGGGCCACGAGCUGUGCCGCCCAGAGGCAGUGGAGGCAGAGGCCACGCAGAGAGCCAUCACCAUAGCCAGCGCUGUCAACUGCCCGCUUUACAUCGUGCACGUGAUGAGCAGGUCGGCAGCUAAGGUGAUAGCGGAUGCCAGGAGAGACGGGAAUGUGGUCUAUGGAGAACCCAUAGCAGCCAGUCUCGGUACAGAUGGAACUCACUACUGGAAUAAAGAAUGGCACCAUGCGGCCCACCAUGUCAUGGGUCCGCCCCUGCGACCAGACCCUUCAACGCCUGACUUCCUCAUGAAUCUAUUGGCUAAUGAUGAUCUAACCACAACAGGGACUGACAACUGUACUUUCAACACCUGCCAGAAAGCUCUCGGGAAGGAUGAUUUUACUAAGAUUCCCAACGGGGUGAAUGGUGUUGAAGACCGGAUGUCAGUAAUAUGGGAAAAAGGCGUGCAUAAUGGUAAAAUGGACGAAAACCGAUUUGUGGCCGUUACCAGCACAAAUGCAGCCAAAAUCUUUAAUCUCUAUCCAAGAAAAGGAAGAAUAGCAGUAGGAUCGGAUGCUGACAUUGUGAUUUGGGACCCAGAAGCCACAAGGACGAUCUCAGCAAAAACUCAUCAUCAGGCCGUUAACUUCAACAUCUUCGAGGGCAUGGUUUGCCAUGGGGUGCCCCUUGUGACUAUUUCGAGAGGCAAAGUGGUGUAUGAAGCUGGAGUGUUCAAUGUCAAGGCAGGAGAUGGGAAGUUUAUUCCACGAAAACCAUUUGCUGAAUAUAUUUACAAACGAAUCAAGCAGCGAGACCAG